AUGGGUAACGCAACCGGACGAGACCUAAGCCAGGCCGAGCGAGGCCGGCGUCCCAACGAUAAGGAAAUGCUCGUGCUGCUCAAGAUGCAGCGAGCGUUGUUCCGCCGGCUCCCUACUAACUAUUGCUACGAUCGUAUCAUUCAGCACCUCCAAUUACUACAGCGAUAUUGGACCGCGAGCUUCCGUCGUAAGCAUCAGAUGCCGGGCUUCGUGCUGGUGAGCGACCUGUGGAAGGAGGCCGGAUUCUCGGACCCCAAUCCAGCCGCUGACCUGAAUCCCAUGGGAGAGCUUGGACUACAGUGUCUCGUGUUCUUCGUCGAGACGUAUCCAGCCGAGACGGCCAUGAUGCGUCGAGGUCGCGGCGGAUAUCCGUUUGCGAAGGCAGCGGUAGCCAUCGUGCGGUCUUUGAGUUUGACGAUGCAUCUGAUGGACACAACAGGGAAUCCGGGCCCGUUUCCUGUGACAGAGGCACUGUUCUGGCAGCUCUUCGAGCGAGACGACGGCUUCUUCCAGCUCUUCUCGCUUGCCUUUGUGGCGUUCGAAGAGCUAUUCUGUGAGGAAGUAGCAGCCAAUCUGUGGAUGCGAGAUGUGGACGCGUGCUCCAUGACGGUUGUGGACAAACUGGUGGCCGCGGUGGAGCGCAAGUUGACGAACGAGCUAAAGAAGGCCCCGCUGAAGCUGUCGGAUCUUCGACAUGUCUGCACCAAUGCCCGGUACAUCGUCGACAAGGCAGACGAGAAUGCUAGAGCUGCUCUUGGAAGAUCGUCUUCAGGUAGCGAGUCGAGCUCUGUCUCACGUUGGUCUCAGCACCACACCCCUGGACGGAAGAGUAUGCGAGAGGUAGGCAAGGCAUGGGGCAAGGAGAAGAAAGAGGAUGCACCGCGAAACAAAGGUUAUCGCCUGAAGCCUCGAAUGCCAGAGAUCGAGCGACCCCGCAGUGGAAGCUUGCAGACGAGUGGAGCGACCAGCGACGCCGAGGUCCCGUCACCGCCGCUGACAGACCGUAAAAAUGUAGAGGUGGAGGACGACGGCGCGCAAAACCAAGCGGCGUCCGAGCCCACCGAAGACCUUUUUGCGGGGCUUGUCACCAAGGCAACGGGGUCCGACGACUCCAAGAGCAGCGAGAGCGCAGCGGCCAGAAGCUGCUAGACGUGAGCCAGGGUGUUUACGGCACGGAGUCAUCGCAAAAGAUGACGACAAUCGAGAAUCGAGGAAAGUCAGCUGUUGCACUUGUAAUCACGCCUCCAAAAGUGAAAGCAUCACCCCGUAAUCAAACUAAAAAAAUCCAUCCAACGUUU